AUGUCAACUGAACUUGAACAAGCCUUAGCAGAUGUAAUUCAUAAGAAUCCACAUUUGUAUGCAGCACUCCAUACUUCAUUAUCACAAAGCUCUACAUCUGAUAACUCCAGCCCAUCUUCUAAGAAAGCAGAGUCAGAUUCCAUGCCUUCAAGAUCUUCUACAGUGGAUGAUGAUAUUUCUAAGCUUAUUAAAGCACAUAUUAAUCAAACUGAAGAGUCUAUUAAACAAAACAAGAUGGUCCAAGAAGAGGGUAACAAACACACUGGUACAGCAAUUUCUGAUAGUUUCAAGUCCCCUACUAGCAACAAUCCAGAAUUGCAAGAGAAACAAAAACAAGAAAUUGAUGAAGAAAUUGACAUAGAAUCUCCUAAACCAUGCAAAAAUCAUCCUGCUAGUGUUCGUUGCUUUCGUUGUUUGGUGGGUUCUAGAGGAAAAAAAGUAAAACGCGUUGGUGGAAAUGUAUUUGGUUUUGCCAAUUAA